UUCCGAACGUACGUCAUUUAAAAAAAAAAUAAAAAAAAGUACCGCUUAUUUCUCUCGGCCGUUGUAUUUUUGCGUUUCUCGUAAAAUUUGUUAUAUUUAUAACAAAGUAGACCACUAAAUACCUAACAAUGUCUAAGGCCCACCCACCGGAAUUGAAAAAAUUCAUGGACAAAAAGCUAUCUAUAAAACUGAAUGCCGGCCGUGCUGUGACUGGUGUCCUACGUGGCUUUGAUCCUUUCAUGAACCUUGUGCUCGAUGAAUCUGUUGAGGAAUGCAAAGAUGGACAGCGCAAUAAUAUUGGCAUGGUGGUGAUCAGAGGAAACAGUAUCAUUAUGCUGGAAUCAUUAGAUAGAAUAUAGUAAUAGUAAUACAUUGUAUAUUCAUAAGCUUUGGUAAGGUUAAUACUAAGUAUGAUGGUUUUUAACCAAAUCUGUAAGAAAUUUUGUACAUUACCAAGUCUGUAAAAAUAACAUGUAUGUGAUUGACCAGUUUUGGAUUGCAAUGACUCAAUGUACUGUACAAAUUUAUGUUCAACUGCGCCAGGAUUAAAAAUGUUCCAGUGUGUUUAUUAACACUAUUCACUAAAAGCCAGUAAUGCAAUGUGUUCAACUCGAAAGUGGAAGCACCCAUGUGAACAACUAUUGAAAUAAUCACUGAUUACUGCCAACAAACCGUUUAAGUAUUAAUUCUCAUCAAGCAAUGUCUAUUAAAUUUCCCAUUGAAUGCCGAUAUAUACAUACAAAGCGAUAGACAUUAUGUUUUUACUAAAAUGUGUACACAUUUGGUAUGAAAUAAAUUCCUAAGUUCCAAUAUAUGUGAUUUCAAAUA